AUGUCAACUCCUGCCAGAAGACGUCUGAUGAGAGAUUUUAAACGCUUACAAGAGGAUCCACCUACUGGUGUUUCUGGAGCACCCACUGAUAACAAUAUCAUGAUCUGGAAUGCUGUGAUAUUUGGACCUCAUGAUACUCCAUUUGAAGAUGGUACCUUCAAACUAACUAUUGAAUUUACAGAAGAAUACCCUAAUAAACCACCUACAGUACGAUUUGUUUCAAAAAUGUUUCACCCAAAUGUAUAUGCAGAUGGUGGAAUUUGUUUAGAUAUUUUACAAAACAGAUGGAGUCCAACAUAUGAUGUCUCAGCAAUUUUAACUUCAAUACAGUCAUUAUUAAGUGACCCUAAUCCAAAUUCACCCGCAAAUUCAAUGGCUGCACAGCUAUAUAAGGAGAACCGGCGAGAAUAUGAAAAACGGGUCAAAGCAUGUGUUGAACAGUCUUUUAUUGAU